AGUUCGACUUUCCCAGAGCUAACAGUGCCUGUUCUGUCUAUACGCUACACGGUCUCUAAUCGAAUCGGUUCAUAAAUAUUUUCCGUUUUAUUCUUCACACAGAUAAUAAAUUAACGGUAAUAUUUUUCCUGCCGCUGCCAGAAGUCUUAAGCAAGUGUCCUCGAAAUUUUACAUUUUCAUUAUCAUUGUCCUGCCUGUACACAUCCUUCAACUGUGCGUGGUUGUUAAAGUGUCUCUAUACUUUUCCUGUGUUUCCCUUAGACUGAUUACGGUCCUUGUGUUUUGUCUGGAGUUUAUGUACAUUUGUAUACCUCCAUCCGAGGAAAGGAAGUUGCAGAACAAAAAUAACAUCCCUUGAAUAUAGUUUUGUUUACGUGAAGGGAAGUGAGAAAAUUUUCCCAUCAAGUGACAGCACAAGGAUUCAGCUUCGUCAUUAUUAUAAAGUAUAUGUAAAUUUUUACCCACAUAUGUACGUCCGUAGGUACUUUGCUUGUGAAGGAGGAAAUAUAUUUUAGUGCUAGUGCACCUAGUUAAUCGAUAACACACUUCAUCUCUUCUCGCCGCCAUCACCUCAAUUCAAUCUCUUCUUCCCCGAACAACUUUAAUAAAUAUUUUUAUAAAUUAAAAAAGAAAAAAUGUCUACAUCCGCUGAUAACGAACUUAGUAGCAUCCUUGAUCGUCGUCAGAAAAUCAACGAGGCACUCGAGAACGGCCAAGAGAUUAAACAUAGUUUUAAGGUCGUCAAUGUCUACACAGAAUUCCAUGAGUUCAGUCGAAAGCAGAUAAAGGAUUAUCAGGCAACAUUUAAUAAAUACGAUAGUGGUCACGAUGGCUAUCUCGACUUGACCGAACUCAAAGUUAUGAUGGAAAAACUGGGAGCACCUCAAACUCAUUUGGGACUCAAGGGCAUGAUAUCCGAGGUCGAUGAGGAUCACGAUGGAAAGAUUUCGUUCAGGGAAUUCCUGUUGAUUUACCGCAAAGCUCAGGCUGGUGAAUUGGACAGUGAUUCUGGUCUCAACCAGCUGGCCCGCUUGACCGAAAUCAAUGUCGAAGAAGUUGGCGUUUGUGGUGCGAAAAAUUUCUUCGAAGCCAAAAUCGAACAACAAUUAAGGACAAAUAAGUUUCAUGAUGAAAUUCGACAGGAACAAGAAGAACGCCGACUACAGGAAGAGCAGAAGGGUAUGCGGCGUGCAGAAUUCCAACAGCGAGCCGCUAUUUUCCAACAGAAUUAAGUUUUCUUUUUUUUUAAAUUAUUUGAAGAAAAAAGACAUCACAAAAAAGAUCGCACUAAUACGAUUAAAAAAUAAAUAAUAAAUGUAAAAGUACAGUGGGGUCGUAUAAAAUAUUAUUUGACUCAUUUUUAAGAUUAUAACUACAAAAAUAAUAAUAAUUAAAGUAAAAUGACUGUUAAUAUUAUUAUGUGUAUGUAUCGUAGAUUUUUAAGAGCCUAAAUGAAUGAAAACCGUAGUUGCAAUAUAUUUGUAAUUCUUUAAAACUUUUUAUUUUAUGUUAUUGAUGUUUAUGUUCAUUGUAUUUUUU